AUGGCUCCGAAACCAAAGUUCCAAGAAGGCGAAAAAGUCCUGUGCUACCAUGGACCCCUUCUUUAUGAAGCUAAGUGUAUGAAGAUUGAAGUCAAAGAUGGCAAAGUUCAAUAUCUUAUCCAUUAUAAUGGAUGGAAUAAAAACUGGGAUGAAUGGGUACAAGAAAGUAGAGUUGUCAAAAAUAACGAGGCUGGCAUUCAGAAACAGAAAGAGCUUUUAAAGAAUCAUGG